AUGCGAGACCCGACCUGGCCUUCGUUGAGAUAUCAUCUCCACUUAUUAAAUGAGUUCGUUAAGACACCCCUUGUGAAAUCACUCACUGCAGACGAGAGGAGAAUCAUUUACCGACGAUAUAAUGGAAGAGAAAAACAAGAUCUCGUGGGAGCGAGUGCCCACGCGACCCUAACGACCAUCGGAGUUAAUAGCGAUAGGGGUCACGUGGGCUACCAGCAUAUGCCCCAGCGGUCACUACAUGGGGGCACUAAACGACUGUAA